ACCACAGUCACCUUUAACCAGCCGCGUUUAAAACAGAAGAACUGAAGACUGUUUUGAUCCGAUUUCCGAUUAUGUUCUGUAAAAAAUCUCUCUAAUCCCUGAAAAAGUGGAAAGCUCUAAAUGAUAUUGCGCUUCUGUUUAUAUUCAUGGUCGAAAGUCAGCUUUUACAAACAACCAGCAAAAGAUUAAAAAGAAAAUCAGACAAAUUUAACAUCAGCACACUAAUUAAUGUAUCGUUACGCCCACUACGACCUUAAUGUGAAAACAGUAGUCACAACCAUAAAACACACCCGUUUUAAAUCAAUGUCUCGGUUUACAGGUUUAUUUAACUUACUAAACAUAUUUAAUAUAAUAUGACUCUAACCUGGCGCUGAAUCUUCGCGGGAAAAGGCAGAACGCAGCCCUCGCGCUGGUUUUAUCCAGUUGAUGUGCGGCAUUACAAAUCAUUUGAAUGCAGGUCACUCACUGAGCAGAUGCUGUGCAGCCCUGUAUGUGGCUCGCUUUAACACGGUAAAGUUAGUUUUGUUUUCGAUAUUCGUCUUUUCGGCGCUAAUACCAUUUGAUCGGACUACGGUAGUCAGUUAAGACUUACAUAUUCAUGACAGUACGACCACAGAGAGUGAUGCACACCUGUUCUUCUGCAGUUUGGGUGACAUUUAACGUACCGCUAUUUUGUGUUAAUACCAUAGAACUGAGACACGUUUUACAGUCGGAAGAAAAAUCAUGCACUUCUAGACCAAGCCUACAUCCAUGCACACGCCUCUGUUUUCCUCCAAAGCGUUUUCCUCCAAAGCGUUUCAGUGUAUUUAAAUACAUAUUUUAAUUGUUCGUGCUAACAGUAGACACCGUCAGACAAUAAAACAUCAAUAGCUCCAUAAACACUGUGUCCAUGCACAUCUGAUUAAUUGUGUUAUUUGCUCUAAAUUAUGGUUAGAAAUACACACCACUUUAAUUUAGAAAAAGGACUUUGAAUAAACCUGUAAAUAAAAUGUAUUUGCCAAUAAUUGUCCUAACAGUACUGAGCAUACUUUACCUGUAAAAGUAUACUGAUUUAAAUAAACCAUUAUAGCUUUAUUUGCAGGGUGUUACCAGUUACAGGUUAUAUUAAAUGCUGUUAAUAUAGAAAUGAGCCACGGGAAAAUGGCCAAAUAUACUAGAUUUCAGAUUAAUUGUCAUUUACUUUGAGUUAUAAGGAGGACUGCAAACUUCUUUCAUUUCUUUCAUUUUACUGACCUUUUGUUAUCUGGUAACAAACAAUGAAUGUUGUCUAUGUCUUUUCAAAACCCUUCAGGAUACAAAGGUAAAACCACCUUUACAGUGAACCACAAGAAGUGUCCAUUAAUGCACACUUUGAUUCCUCAAUAAAUAUUCUAACUGUUAUUUGGCCCUUGGUUUAAAACACAGAGCUAACAGCAGCGACUUUAGAAAACUUUCAGAAGCUUCGUAACCACUAUAAUCAAUUACUUAACCAUUAUAAUAAUUUUGUGAAUUUCAAACUAUUCUAUUAAUAAUUCAUCCCACCUCAUUUGUAGAAGUUUUUAUAAAGCAAAAACAGCAGCAGUUGCUACUCAUUUAAUGUUGUUUAUAUUUUUAAAGGUUUUAUAGUAUUAAUUAGGUAUUGUAUACUUGUUUAAUAAUGUAUAGCAUUUCAGUUAUUUUCAGACGACAUAUUACAGCUACAGGCUAUGCAUUAAUAAUCACAUGUAGUUGUUAUAAAUCUCUUUCACCGUAUUUACUUCACCUAUGUAUUUCUGUCUCACAUACUAUUUAUUUAUCUGUUUAUCUGUGAUUGAUUAUGUUAAUGUUUCAGUAGACAGCAGUCUCCCUCUAGUGGUAGAGCGCUGCAAUAUGGGCUAUUCUACUUCCAAAGUUUCUUAAGGUCGACAUGUGCAAAAAAUCGCAAAGAGAAACUGGACUUGGAAUCCUCGUGCGGCAGAAAAAGCAAGUGAAUUUGUAUCUUGAUGCCACAGGUGGUGUGGUGUCAAAGGUACCAGAACAGAAGAAAAGAGUGUUGUAUUACAGUCUUACCCUGCCUGGUGAGGGACCGAACAUUCCUCCAUUACCUGUUGCAGAGAUGCUCAGCAAUGAGCAUUCAAUUCCUCCGAUUACAUUCUGGCUGUCACAGUUUCAACUGAAAUUGUCAAAAUUCACCUCAAUAAAAGUCAGUAAGAUUGAAACAGACCACAGCUGGGCUUUAGUGCAAAGUUCCCUGUUGACAUUCAAUAAAGAGAAUGUAAUGACAUAUUUGGAGAGAGCCAUGGACAUUUUACAAAGAUAGAAAACCAGAAGAGAACUAAAGAUGUUCACUGUGUUACACCUUUGCUCAGCACAUGCCCUGAAAGCAGUUGCACAAAGCUUUGGGAGACAAACAAAUGAUUCUGGGCUGAAAGAAUUUGCAACUUUCUGUUUUGCAAGGUUGCAGGAUUGUGUCCACAUGGAUGCAGCUAACAGCACUUUUGGAAACAUGUGUACAGUAUUUGGGACCAAAAUGGAAUCCAGAAAAGUACAGAAGAGCAUCCAGUUUCUCAAAGACCAGAUUUCUGAAGUCACUGUUUCAGAGGCCAGUGAAGACUUCAAAGCUCCCCUUCCAGAGGACAGGGAUCAUAAAAUAGCAACAAGUAUUGUGAAAAGAUCCCCAUUUACUACACAUUUUCGCAGUGUGCUUCAAAAAGGAACUGCAGAGGUGUCAGGCAUUCAAGAGGAAGCAGAUAAUCCAUACUUCUGCCCUCAGAUUCUUGAUGUGCUUUUUGAAAACUACAUGUGCAUUUACCCAUUAUGGAGUGGGAUUUUACUAGGGGACCUGGCAAGAUAUGGAUCAGACCAAACUGUAAGCAACCUCAAACAGGAAAUUGAACAAAGAGACACAAACUGCCACGUUGAAAAAUGGUUUGACAUUGUGAAGAACAACAUCCUCUUAAAACAGAAGUCUCUUAGGCCAGGAGAAUUUGUUCGAAAGAUGCAUACUUCUAUGCAGGGAAGAUACAAAGAACAUAUUUUACAACUGGACUUCCCAGAAAAACUGCUUGUGAAACCUCUAAAAGCUUUGCAGAAGAAUCUAGAGCAAUCACAAGAGGAAUGGGCCAAAAAACAGGAAAAAGACCCUAAAGACUUUAAGUCAAAGUACUUCAGUGUGCCAGAAGACAUCCCUGAACCAAAAGCAUUAAAAAGAAAAAGGAAAAAUGACAGUAAACGUGGAAUUCCAACAGUGGAACUGAAGAAGAUGCCCAAUGAAAAAAAAGAAGUCAUGUCAGUGAAAGACACAGAAGAAGACACAGCAAAGGUAUAGUGUGAACAUCUGAAAUACUUAGAAACACUAAAUAUAUUUUAUCUGCAUAUAUCAAACCGUUAAUAUAUAUAUUCCCCCGAUCAGGCAUAACAUUAUGACCACCUCCUUGUUUCUCCUCCUUCUUUUUUCAGUUCCACCUACUA